UCUCUUCUCUCUCAAAAUUUUAUUCUGUCAAUUUUUAGCUAAAAUAAUUUCAUAAGCCACACGAUUUCCCUGCAAUUUACCUACCUUUAACAAAAAUGAGUGAAUUCGAUAGAGCAUCCAGUUCAAAGUCUGCUGUGGACUCUGAACUGCAGGAUUUCAUUCUGGUUGAACGACAAAAAGCUCAAGUAAAUGCACAGAUCCAUGAAUUCAAUGACAUCUGCUGGGACAAGUGCGUAGACAAGCCAAGCAAUAAACUGGACGGAAAGACAGAAUCUUGCUUAUCGAAUUGCGUGGACAGAUUCAUCGAUACAUCCCUUCUGAUAACAAACCGAUUUGCCCAGAUCCUCCAGAAGAGCCAAGGAGGACUCUGAAGCACCAUUUGAUAGACUUUACGAUGUAGGUGAUUGGACACAUUGGAGGAGUCUUUAGUACAGGACACAAUUCCGCAAAAUUACCUUCCCUGGCGGGCCCCAAUGAUCCCAGAAAGCCCUGGACUAGUUCCUCUGAAGAAUAAAAUAAAAAUAGAUUCUUGAGAAUAUUCAAAUUUCAAGGGGGUAGCCAGUUUGAAAAAAUGUGAAGUUUCUUCUCAUUUGGUCUCAUUCUUGCAAUUUUUCUAACUCAUUUGAAGUAAUUACUAAAAAAAAUUCUUAGUGCACUAAAAAAAAAUGAGAACUAUACAAAAUAGGGUAAGUGUACCAAAUUCCGGCCAGCUUGCAAUUUCGGCCAUCUUUUUUGUUCCUCGAAUUUACAUGAACUUUUAGAUUUUACGUUACUCUAGAGAUUAUACAAUGCAAAAAAUAACAAAAAAAUGUAGCUUCAACAAACGAUAUAACAUGAGAAAGAUAUUGGAAGAAUUCCCGAAGGACACGGAACUAUGAGAAUGAACGUGGCCGAAAUAGAGCACCAAAGCUAUGUAUGUCUAUAUUUUUAUUUAUUUUAAAAUGUUCCAAGAAUGAUUUUAGAGUAAAUAAAGACGGUAAACUGUCUACAAGGUUCCCAGCAACACUGUUUCAGAAGAAAGAAUAAAAAAAAAAUCAAUUUGAAUUUAAAAUAUUACAUUUCAAAAUUCAAACUUGAGACUUUGACGCUUGCAUGCAACUAUGCCGAAAUUUGGCACACUUACCCUAAGUCACCGAUUUUUAAUUUGCAUUGAACUAAGAUAUGUAAAGCCCGUAUAAUAAUGUUGCUUUACUUUUACAGUUUUAAAUUUUAAUUAUUUAUAGCAGUUCAUAAAAAGAAUCAAUUAAUUUCGUCAGUUAAAUCAG